AUGAGGACUCUUAAGCUUCAGCUCGACUACGUUCUGGCGAGGAACAUUCCUCAGUCAGAUAUCCGAAAACCUAGAGCUGUUUGGGACGUCGCGUUCGACUCUGACCACCGCCCAGUUCUUCUCAGCUUCAAGAUACGGUUCCACAAGAGAAACCAAGGAGUUUCUCUUCAACCGAAAAUCGACAUGGCAGGUCUGAAAGACGAUGAAUGCAGAACAAAAUUCCGCCAACGUGUGUCUAUUCAUGUUGGAGUACGGACCAGGAAGAAGCUUAGCGAUGCGGAUUCCUUCACAAAGUGCAUCCAGCACGCUGCAGGGGUAACGCUCCCGGUUCUAUUGCCGCGGAAGAAGUUUGCCUUUGCAUCUGCGGAAACAAAAUCCACAUACAAUUCUGUAUGUGUCGCGCGCAGUGCUGGUGACUCCAACCAGGAAAAGCGUCUUAGAAGGAAGCUGCGUCGUCAACUGCAACAAGACCGCGAUAACGAGUGGACAUCAAGAGCGAUGGAGUUUGAGAAGGCGUGGGAGGACAGGAACCCGCGGAAAGCCUAUGCUCUACUAAAACAGUAUAGCGACAAAAUGAAAGGAUGUUCCCCUGUCCUCAACACUGCCAACGGGGUAGCUGUCGGUGAAGCAACCCUUCCAAUUUGGAAAAAACACUUCAAGACCUUGCUGAACCGGCUAGCACCGUCAGCUCUUGAACUCGAACACGUUCAUAGACCGACAUAUGCGGUUAACGAGGAGCCACCGACCGAGUCGGAAGUCCUGGUCUGUAUUCAGAAAAUGAAGAAUGGAAAAUCUGGUGGAGACGAUGGGAUUAGCGCAGAAAUGCUAAAAUAUCGUCCUCCGUCUGGGAUUCGUGAGAUGACAAAGAUCAUCCGUUCAAUAUGGUUAAUCGAAAGGAUACCUGAUUCGUGGAAGCACGCUUUCAUAAUUCCCCUCCACAAGAAGUUAUCCGUCACGGACCCAAGGAAUUAUCGAGGAAUCUUUUUGCUGCGUGUUAUUUACAAGGAGAGUGAUCGAAAUCUGGCAGCGGUGUUCGAAGCCAAUGCAACUAGCGUUGCUUCGGCCGUGUUCGACUCUCCCCACCGAGGCCGUCUUUUCAACGCGCUUCGCGCCGAUGGAGUACCAGGAAAGUUCGUUCGCUUGCUUGAUGACAUGAAUCAACGAACAACUGCUGCAGUUCGAACACCAGCCGGAUGUACAACACCGCUUGAAGUGGUAACUGGAGUAAGACAAGGAGCAGUGGUAGGACCUUUCCUGUUCAAUUUCGCAAUCGACGACAUUAUGCGAAGAACAGUCGACCAGUGUCCUGCCGACAUUGUCUUAGCACCAUCAGGGUGCCCUUUUACUGACCUCGAGUACGCCGACGAUGUUGUUAUAUUCGCGGAAAGCAGUACGAAACUUCAACAUGUUGUCCACCUUGUAUCGAAGCUGGCUGCAGCCUAUGGACUACGUCUGCGCCCUGAUAAAUGCAAGCAGAUGUGGAUCUCUUCGAGACCUCGAACGGGAAUCAGGGUGGACGGACAACAGAUAGAACUCGUCGAUGAGUUCUGUUACCUAGGCUGCCUGUGGUCGACCCCCAUCACUAACGAAGUCAAGCUGCGAGUCUACCUAUCCGCAAUUCGCCCCAUCAUGAUGUACGGAUCGGAGACUUGGGCAGCACCAUCAACGGUUAUGAAGAGGCUUGACUACACGGAACGAAAGCUGCUUAGACGGCUACUUGGCUACUUUUGGCCUAGGGAGACCGGCAGAACGCCUUGUUCAACGAGUUCUGAGGAGUUCGUCGGGUUCGAGCUGGAAGAAGCCACGGCCGAAAACGGAAGUUCUGGACUGAGAAUAUGGACGAAUUUAUUGAUUUUGUGCAAGCUCUCGCAGAAGAUCGAGAAGUUUGGACAGAGGUGUGUUCAAGGACGGCACACCUCGGCGAAGAUGCGGGUAAUCGCGUCAGGCGAUGACAUCAGCCCGCCGAUUAAGUGCAAAUAUUUUGUCAACACAAAAUGGAUAAGUGAAGACGAGGGAGCGGUUGACCGCUGGCGACAGCUCACAUCUUCUUCGACAAAUCCUCGUAGCUCCAAUGCAAACGACGGCAGUUCCGUAUCCAGUAGAAGUUACGCUGAAACCUUGUGGGGGAACAUUGGUGCUAGCUUGGAAGAAUCAGUGCGGCCUUCAGAAGAUAAUCCUACCGGUACUCCAAGUGCAAGUCUCGAUGCAGCGACAACAAAUCUGGUGGUUCAGAGCAGAGAUCGGAUAUCAUCCGCUGGUGAUAGAACCACUUUUGGCAGUUCUACGCUAUCGGAUAGUUAUGCAUCCACCACAGUAACACAGCGCAAUCCUCAUCCCUGGUUUAGUUUGCUGGAGAUGCUGUCAAUACGUGUGAUCAUCCUGGCGAAGGUUCAUACUGGCAUUAUUCGUCGACAAAUUGACUUUGAAGCACCGUCAAACCGAGAUGUUGGUAGUCUUUACACAUUAUUGGAGAAAGAACUCCCUACCCUUCAAAAAAUCCAAAUCUAUUACACUAAUACACGGAUCAAUCAUCGGACGGAUCUAACCAAACUGCCAGCUGGAGACCAACGGAUUGAUUUCCGUCGAAUUUCACUAGACAUAUGUGAACGUUGUGUAGUGCGUUUUUUGUUCCCCAUUGAAAAAGUGAAGAUGCUGGAUGUCUAUGGGAUUUUCCAUGUCCGACUGGCCAUAAAUAUUUGA